GCUCCUGAUGAUCCACUAUCAACAGUCUCGACCCGAAUCAUCAUAGACUGAGGUUAGAGACUAGAGUUUCAGUAGCAAAUAAAACCCUAAUCGCAGCACUGUCUCCAUUCCCUUCUCAUUUCUGCGGCGCUUCAAAGCCUUAACGUCCAUCUUCUCUGCAGAUAAGCCUCUUAGCAUUCAGGAAGGCGAAGAAAAUGAGUAGAGGCGGUGCAGCUGGGGCCGGCGGAGCCAAGGGGAAGAAGAAAGGAGCAACUUUCACUAUUGAUUGCGCGAAGCCGGUGGAGGAUAAGAUCAUGGACAUUGCCUCUCUCGAAAAAUUCCUCCAGGAGCGCAUCAAAGUCGGCGGCAAAGCUGGAGCUCUCGGUGAUUCCGUCACUGUCACCCGUGAAAAGUCCAAGAUCACUGUAACAUCCGACUCCAACUUCUCCAAACGAUAUCUCAAGUACUUGACAAAGAAAUACUUGAAGAAGCACAAUGUGAGGGAUUGGCUUCGAGUCAUUGCUUCCAACAAGGAUCGUAAUGUUUAUGAGCUGAGAUACUUCAAUAUUGCUGAGAAUGAAGGUGAAGAGGAAGAGUAAAUUGUAUCAGUUUGUCCUUUUCAUGUCACUAUUCUCAUUUUUUUCCCUCUCUUCAUAGUAAUCUUUCUUACUAUUGACUUUAAUUAUGCUUUCUUUAGUAAGUUUUAGAACUUGAAGAUGAUGAUAUUUUGUUAAAAGCCUAUUCCUAGUUAUGGUUGGAUAUUAACCAUAUUUUGAGAUUUUUGGUUUUGGAUAAAGAAUGCUUGCCAAAAUUAUAUCAGUGUGGUCUCCUUUCAACAA